UUCUGAUCCUAAGUGACAGCUUGGGGAGGGAGAGUCACGUGGCCCUGAAAUCCCCGCGGGAGCCGAUAGAGCAUGCCCAGCUGCUUCUGCCUGGGAAAGAUGCUGGGUCCUGCAGUAACCACAACAGCAUCCUCUCCCCUGCGCCAGGGACCUGCCAGCCGGAGAGAUGACUGAUUAGAUCAGAUUAGAUCCAGAGCCCCGCUCUUCAGAAGGGGGCCCCCAGGGGCAGGGGAGGAGGACCCCAGCUGGCUUGAGCUGGGGGAGGGGAGCCUUGGGGCUGGCAGAGUUAGCGCUCUCAGCACGGAUCACACCUCUGAAGCAAGUCGCCACAAUGACAGACGGAACACAUUUCGUCACCCAGUGACUGGCCAAGUCCCAGAGGAGAACAAGAAGUUCGACUUGAAAACAUCGGCCUUGGACAUGUCCAAUAAAACAGGUGGGAAACGCCCUGCUACCACCAACAGUGACAUAUCCAACCACAACAUGGUGUCCGAGGUCCCUCCAGAGCGGCCCAACAUUCGGGCGACGCGUACAUCCCGCAAAGCCAUCGCCUUUGGCAAGCGUUCACACUCCAUGAAGCGGAACCCCACCGCGCCGGUCACCAAGGCCGGCUGGCUCUUCAAGCAGGCCAGCUCCGGGGUGAAGCAGUGGAACAAGCGCUGGUUUGUCCUGGUGGACCGUUGCCUCUUCUACUACAAAGAUGAAAAGGAGGAGAGCAUCCUGGGCAGCAUCCCCCUGUUGAGCUUCCGGGUUGCAGCAGUGCAGCCCUCGGACAACAUCAGCCGGAAGCACACCUUUAAGGUGACUGUGUGCUGGGUGGAUGAGGCCGGGGCCAGUUCCACGCACUGCCUCUCCCCACAGGCCGAGCAUGCUGGCGUCCGCACCUACUUCUUCAGUGCCGAGAGCCCCGAGGAGCAGGAGGCCUGGAUCCAGGCCAUGGGGGAGGCUGCCCGGGUACAGAUCCCUCCAGCCCAGAAGUCGGCGCCCCAACCUGUGCGCCACAGCCACGAGAAGCCAGACUCAGAGAACAUCCCUCCCAGCAAACACCACCAGCAGCCAGCCCACAACAGCCUGCCCAGGCCUGAGCCUGAGGCCAAGACUCGAGGGGAGGGCGACGGCCGAGGCUGUGAGAAGCCAGAGCGGAGGCCCGAGAGGCCCGAAGUCAAGAAAGAGUCUCUGGUGAAAGCCAAUGGCCUCCCAGCUGGACCUGAGCCGUCCUCAGAGCCCGGCAGCCCUUACCCCGAGGGCCCGAGGGUGCCAGGGGGUGGGGAGCAGCCUGCCCAGCCCAAUGGCUGGCAGUACAGCUCCCCCAGCCGGCCAGGGAGCACAGCUUUCCCACCUCAGGACGGGGAGAGUGGGGGGCACCGGCGGAGCUUUCCUCCACGCACCAACCCUGACAAAAUCGCCCAGCGCAAGAGCUCCAUGAAUCAGCUUCAGCAGUGGGUGAACCUGCGCCGGGGUGUGCAGCCCCCCGAAGACCUUCGGAGUCCCUCUAGGUUCUACCCUGUGUCUCGCCGAGUCCCUGAAUAUUAUGGCCCCUACUCGUCCCAGUACCCAGACGAUUACCAGUACUACCCGCCCGGGGUGCGGCCCGACAGCAUCUGCUCCAUGCCCGCCUACGAUCGGAUCAGCCCACCCUGGGCCCUGGAGGACAAGCGCCAUUCCUUCCGCAAUGGGGGUGGACCACCCGCCUACCAGCUGCGCGAAUGGAAGGAGCCGGCUGGCUAUGGCAGACAGGAUGGCACCGUCUGGGUCCCCAGCCCUUCUCGACAGCCAGUCUAUUACGACGAGCUGGAUGCCACCUCCGGCUCCCUGCGCCGACUGUCCUUGCAACCCCGUUCCCACUCCGUGCCCCGCUCGCCCAGCCAGGGCUCCUACAGCCGCGCCCGCAUUUAUUCCCCUGUCCGCUCGCCCAGUGCCCGCUUUGAGCGGCUGCCACCUCGCAGCGAGGACAUCUAUGCCGACCCUGCCGCCUAUGUGAUGAGACGAUCCAUCAGCUCCCCCAAGUAUGAUUACCUGGGAGACAGGCGGCCAGUCCCUGCAGGACUGUUCCCCUACAACUACCCACCAUCCCCCACGGUCCACGAUAAGAUGGAUGAACUUUUAGACCUUCAGUUGCAAAGAAACCUAGAGUAUUUGGACCAGCAGAUGAGUGAGAGCGAGACUCUCAUCAGUAUGGUGAACCGCAUGGUGGAGAACUCCUCCCCCAGGGCCCAACUCUUCAUGCAAGUCCCUCCGUACCCAGAAGUGUUCCGGGACGGCCUCCACACCUUCAAGUUAAACGAGCAAGACACGGAUAAGCUGCUGGGCAAGUUGUGUGAGCAGAACAAGGUGGUGAGGGAGCAGGACCGGCUGGUGCAGCAGCUCCGAGCAGAAAAGGAGAGCCUGGAAAGUGCCUUGAUGGGGACCCACCAGGAGCUGGAGAUGUUUGGGAGCCAGCCCGCCUAUCCUGAGAAGCUACUGCACAAGAAGGAAUCGCUGCAGAACCAGCUGAUCAACAUCCGGGUGGAUCUGUCUCAGGCGACCACGGCGCUGGCUAACAGCACCGUGGAGUACGAGAACCUCGAGUCCGAGGUCUCUGCCCUGCACGAUGACCUGUGGGAGCAGCUCAACCUGGACAUCCAGAAUGAGGUGCUCAACCGGCAAAUCCAGAAGGAGAUCUGGAGGAUCCAGGAUGUGAUGGAGGGGCUGCGGAAGAAUAACCCUUCCCGGGGCACGGAUACCGCCAAACACAGAGGAGGACUCGGCCCUUCAGCCACCUACAGCUGCAACAGCCCAGCCAGCCCUCUCAGUUCUGCCAGCCUCACCAGCCCCCUGAGCCCCUUUUCACUGGUGUCUGGCUCUCAGGGGUCCCCCACCAAGCCGGGGUCCAAUGAGGAACCUGGCCCACCUCGGCCUCCCCUCCCCAAAGCCUACGUUCCCCUGGAGUCUCCUCCCACCGUCCCUCCACUCCCUAGCGAGAGCCGCUUCUGGCCAUACCCCAACUCCCCUUCCUGGCACCGCAGUGGCGAGACAGCCAGGGGUCAGCCCAAGGCAGGCUAUGAGCAGAGCAAGAAAGACCCUCACCAAACGUCACCCCUGGACACCCCCAGAGAUAUCAGCCUUGUGCCCACCAGACAAGAGGUGGAGGCAGAGAAGCAGGCAGCUCUCAACAAAGUUGGCAUUGUACCCCCUCGGACAAAGUCACCUGCAGAUGAAGAGGUGGCCCCAUCGGCGGUGGUGAGGAGAACAGCCAAUGGACUCGCCAAUGGACUGUCCUCCAGGCAGGAGCGCCCCAAGAGUGCCGUGUUCCCAGGUGAGGGCAAGGUCAAGAUGAGCGUGGAGGAGCAGAUCGACCGCAUGCGGAGACACCAGAGUGGCUCCAUGAAGGAGAAGCGGAGAAGCCUGCAGCUCCCAGCCAGCCCUGCCCCUGAGCCCAGCACCCGACCUGCCUACAAAGUGGUGCGCCGUCACCGCAGCAUCCACGAGGUGGACAUCUCCAACCUGGAGGCAGCCCUGCGGGCAGAGGAGCCUGGUGGCCAGGCCUAUGAGACGCCCCGGGAGGAAAUUGCCCGGCUUCGGAAAAUGGAACUGGAGCCCCAGCACUACGAUGUGGACAUCAAUAAGGAGCUCUCCACCCCAGACAAAGUCCUCAUCCCUGAACGGUACAUUGACCUGGAACCCGACACUCCCCUGAGCCCCGAGGAGUUGAAGGAGAAGCAGAAGAAGGUGGAAAGGAUCAAGACGCUCAUUGCCAAAUCCAGUAUGCAGAACGUGGUGCCCGUCGGCGAGGGGGACUCUGUGGACGUGCCCCAGGACUCAGAGAGCCAGCUGCAGGAGCAGGAGAAGCGGAUUGAAAUCUCCUGUGCCCUGGCGACCGAGGCCUCCCGCAGGGGCCGCAUGCUGUCUGUGCAAUGUGCCACCCCAAGCCCUCCCACCUCCCCUGCCUCCCCGACUCCACCAGCCAACCCCCUGUCGUCUGAAUGCCCGCGGGGCGCCGACAGCAGCCUUACCAUGCGGGUCUGAGCUCUGACUGCAAGCCCUGGCCGAGGCCAAUGCUGUGAAGCUCCACAGGGCCACCUUCUGAAGCGUCCUCUGCCCAUGGAGGCCCUGGCUCCCGACUCUGGUCCCCGGACCCCCAUGGGAAUGCCACUGGGAGCCAGAACGGGGUCAGGGCUGCUGCCACGAGGAGCUCGGAUGCCUGGGUCUCGCACCCGCGGCGCCUCGCCCUGAGACCCUAGCCACCCGUGCCGAGGUCACGCGGGGCCUGGACAGCGCUGUGGAAGUGCAUCCUCUCUGAUGCCCGAAUGGCAGGGAGCCCCAGCCUGGCCCUGGCUGACAUCAUGGUGGCCCUCCUGGCACAUUUCCUGAUGGAGAGUGCACCCCGGUGGAGAGUGGACCCUUAGCCAUCUUAGGUGAAGACCAGAGGUGAAGAGGAGGUGGACCCUCUGCCUCUUGGAGCCCCGCUGAGCACCCAGGACGGCAGCUGUCAUCAUCCCCCUCCCCGCCUGCCCCAGCUGUGCACAAGGCUUUGACACAUCUCUGCGGAUGGGACUUCCUGGGGUUUGGUGGAGACCAGUCACCCUGCCUGAGCCAAAGACAAGAGGAGGAGAGAUGGGGAGAGGCUCCUGGGCUCCCAGAGGGGACAGUGCUGGCUGUGAGAGAGAGCAGCAGGUGUGCGUGUGUCUGAGAGCAGGUUGGGAAGGAGGGCAGCGAGGAAGGGAGAGAUCCUCAGAGAGCGGGGAAGGGGAGGAGGAUGUAUUCACAGGGGGACAGGGGAAAAUGGGAAGGUGAGUCAGGAUUGGCUUCUCCACAGCGGAGGCUCCUCUUAGUGCCGAGUGUAGGGCCAGACGGUCAUCUCUGCUCCUCCACCUCAUCCCCAGGAGGCCCCACCAACAGGACACGUCUGGUGCCUCGGCUGGGGCGCUUGUGUGGGAUCAGGGCUUGUGGGGAAGGGCAGUCGGGGAGUGGCAGCCUGAGAGAUGAUGCUUCCCGGGUCAGGAUCUGCUGUCUGCCUCUCCCUCCUGGGAUUGGGCAGAGGGAAGAACCUGUCCUGUGUCGGGUGUGGUCAGCCUUGGGGCCUUAGCUAGCUAGUUUCUUGUCCCAUCCCGCCUAGAAAGUUCUAUGGCCCAGCUGAGUGUUUUCCCCAGGGAGAAGGAAUGAGGGGACCCUGCUUCUCGUCCCAGGUGUCCCAGAGGAGGGUCAGCGGAGGCUGGACUCUUACAAUCCACCUACCAGUGAGGCGGUUGGGGAUUGGCAGAAGCAAAGCAUUCUUCUUCUGCUCCACCCACCUUGAGAUGAAUGUAGCCAGGGAGGAGGGAGAGAGGGCAAGCGGAAGUCACCUGCCCUUGAGCCUUCUCUGCCAGAGCGGCUGCCCAGAGACUUCAGCCUGACCUGCAGCAGCCCCACGAACAACUUCUUCAUCUCCACCAAUUCCUCUCCUCUCCUUCAUGGCUGGGACAGUUACUGGUUCAUAUGCAAGUAAAGAUGACCAUUCAUUCAACAAAUAUUGAUCGAGCACCUUUUAUGUACUGUUUAGGCACUGUUCUAGGUGCUUAGAAAAUUCUUGGGCUUCUGAGGGUCGACAGAUUGGGAGGAUCUCCCCUAGCUUUACUUCUAGCAGGCUUUUUGAAUAGGCUCCUUGGCUACGUUCCUAUCUUUGCAGAUCAAGCACUCCAGAUCUGUCCUUUCUCUCUUACAGUCUGGCAGGUGGGAUUAACUUCCAGAUCACCCUCUUGGCCCACAUUCUCCUCCUUCUGUAAGAAACAGAUUUUUCAGGCCUUCCCUCCAUGCCUUCCCCUCUGUCUCCUAUAUUUUUUUUUGAAGAAAUACAAGGAAGAUACCAAGAAAUGACAUCGCAACUCUGCCACCUCUUUUUCCAUUAUUUCACAAAGCUGGCUCUUUAUGUUGCUUUACAUGCCUUAAUAUAUGUUUGAUGGAGAUGAUACAUGUUGGAGGUAUCCGUGUGACACGUUUGUUUAGAUGUCAGUCCUUUCCUUGGCUCCCGCCUAGGCCAUUUUCUCUCCGCACCAUUUCCUAGCAUGUCAGGGCUAACCCCCCUUGCCUUUUUGAUCCAAAGAAGGGGAGAGAAAAGACUUAUUUUAAGACAGAUCUAUUUUAUGCUUUUGUUUAAAAAGCCAAUCUAUUUUCAAAAUGUGCAAUGUCUGAAUGGGUUUGCCGGUGAUGUGAGGGGACUGCCCUAGGUCCCAACCGAAUGCCCUUCCCUCUUCCCCUGACAGCUCCCUUCUUUCCCAUCCCCCAGUCGGCAAAGGGCUGGCCCCCACAGCUCCCUGGAGAGCACCUUGCCAGAGCAGGGCAUUCCUUUUGGAUGUCCUGUCUCAAGGAUGACACUGUCAACUCUCCAUGGCGCACCAAGGGUCGUCGGGUGUGUGAAUCCUCUUGAAGGAAAUGUUUACAGUUGUAUGCACAAAUGGACUCCCACGCAGGCGCACCCUCCUCAGCUGGGCUCCUGGACCAUCUCCCUCCCCUCCAAUGCUCUGCUGGAAAGGGCAAGCAGUUUUGUGGCAGCCUGUGCUAAAUGGCACUAAGGAGGUCAUCGAUGGACCCAUGCUAUGUGCAAAGCCCAGAGGAGGUGGCUCUGUGCCAUUCCUGGCUCUUUAUUGCAGACACAUUCAAGUUCCUUGAACCUCCUACACUUUGGUCCCUCCCUGUCCUGGGUCACGUCUGUGGCAUCUGCCUCCCUCUGUGAUCUUUUUCCCUGGAGGCUGUUCUUAGAGGUGACACCUCGGUCUGGCAUCCAGGCUGUGAAAUCACCUUCCUUGCUGGGGAGGGUCCAGCGGACCAUGGGCCAUCUCAGCCUUACCCAAGAAACCCCCUGGGCUCUAGCAGGCUGCUGCUGAGACCCUGAACUCUGCCAGCUCAGCCUUCCAAACUGCUUGGUGACUGUCAAAAUGAGCAAGGAGGCUUUUGCCUUGGAAGGAUUUGGGCAGGAUGGGAGUUUUUGUCCAGAUCUAAAAAACGAGAGUUUUGGAAUUUUGCACAGAGCUCUUGGCCAGCAUUGAAGCCCAACCUCCAACUGUGGCACUUACUGGCACUCUGUGCCCAGCUCAGAGCAUCUUGCCAUGAACAAACAGAGCCCAGAUGGAGAUCCAGGGCUAAGUGACCAUCCUGGGGAAGCUCUGGUUACGCAUCUAGGGCCUUCCCAAUUAGCACAUUACCUCCCUGAUCAAUAACCAAGAGGCUGCACUCGAAUACUGCUACUGUCACUUUAAAGAAUUUUCUGAGGUUGCAAAAGCUGUGCACGAGCUCUUCUGCCUUUGCAAGAGGCAUGUUCUUGGGGCAGGGCUGACUACAGCAAGAUGGAACGACUUCCUUACCCCUUAGGCACCCUCCCUCCACCUGGCAGCUCUUAAAACUAAGGAAAAAUAUAAUAUAUAAAUAUAUAUACAUACACAUAUAUCUAUUUAUGCACAUAUUGGGGCCAAUUUGAUUUGCCUAGUAUUAGACAAUAAACCAUGCAAGGAAAUUUAUGAUCUCAGUGUCUUUAUUUAGUAUUAAAGUGACCUUAGAUGAAGAGUUAAGGUUAGAUAAACAGAGGGCAUCUCUGUCGGGACCAAACAGCUGUAGUACCCCCUUAGCGUCUGGCUAGCUGAAAUAGCAUCUGUCUAUUUCGCCCUGACUGAAAUAGGUGAGAGCUUCUUCGUUCCCUCUUUUCAGCAGAAUUCUUAAUAGAUUUAGGCACUGGAGAAUACCUGUGAGUUUUGCAUUUGUAUCUUGCAAGUUUGUAUAAACAACAGGAAAUAAAACGAAUGGUUUGUA